UAUUGCACUACACUGUUACUUCUCUACUCAGCGGUCACUAUGCAUAGUAGCCAAUGGGGCUCCAGCUCUCAAAAUCUCAGUGGAAACGAGGGAAAAAGAGAAAGAUUGGGAUCAUGGCUCUUGAAAUUUAGCAAGGAAGUAGCUUCUCUUUGUUCUGAUUUCUCAGUUUUUGGGAUGAAUUCUUAUCAGCUUGAUCGAAAGGAUUUACGCUGAUUCAGGUGUGGUGAAGCUUCUUGUUCUUCUAUUGGAUCUGAUUUCUUUUGUAGACACUGAAGUAUAUUGAGGGGAAAUAGAACAUUUGGAGUUCUAUUUGAUUGUCUCUAGGUUGCCCCUGGUUGUGGUUUGAACGAAGCACAAUGGUUUCAAGGUCAUAUUCUAAUCUUUUGGACCUUGUGGCAUCCAGUGACCCUCCGGCAUCAUUUGGCCGUCCUGUUAAGAGGCUCCCAAGAGUGAUGACAGUGGCUGGUAUUAUCUCUGAUCUUGAUGAGGAAAGCACUAACAGUGUCGGAUCCGAUGCCAUCUCCUCGGUAUCUCAGGAAAGGAUGAUCAUUGUAGGCAACCAGCUGCCUAUUCGGGCACAUCGAAGACCUGACAAUGAUGGUUGGAAUUUCAGCUGGGAUGAGGAUUCCUUGCUCUUGCAGCUCAAGGAUGGUCUUGGAGAGGAUACUGAAGUCAUCUACAUUGGUUGCUUGAAGGAAGAGGUUGUGCUGAAAGAACAGGAUGAUGUUUCUCAGACACUGUUGGAGACUUUCAAGUGUGUCCCUGCCUUCCUCCCUCCUGAUCUUUUCAGUAAAUUCUAUCAUGGUUUCUGCAAGCAACAACUGUGGCCGUUGUUCCAUUACAUGCUCCCUCUGUCUCCAGACCUUGGUGGGCGUUUUGAUCGGUCUCUUUGGCAAGCUUAUGUCUCUGUUAAUAAGAUUUUCGCUGAUAAAGUUAUGGAAGUCAUUAAUCCUGACGAGGAUUAUAUUUGGGUACAUGAUUACCAUCUUAUGGUUUUGCCAACCUUCUUGAGGAAAAGAUUCAAUAGGGUGAAGCUUGGUUUCUUUCUUCACAGUCCUUUUCCCUCCUCGGAGAUUUAUAGGACAUUGCCUGUGAGAGAUGAACUCCUCAGAGCACUUCUCAACUCUGAUCUUAUUGGUUUUCAUACUUUUGACUAUGCUAGACAUUUCCUCUCAUGUUGUAGCAGAAUGCUAGGCAUCGGAUAUCAAUCAAAAAGGGGUUAUAUCGGUCUUGAGUAUUACGGCCGCACUGUCGGUAUCAAGAUACUUCCAGUUGGAAUCCAUUUGGGGCAGCUUAAAUCAGUGAUGAAUCUCCCAGAGACUGAAACUAAAGUUGCUGAGCUAAAUGAGCAGUUCAAGGAUCAAACUGUGCUGCUUGGAGUGGAUGACAUGGAUAUAUUCAAGGGAAUCAGCUUGAAACUUUUAGCAAUGGAACAGUUGCUUGUGCAGCAUCCAGAUUGGGUAGGUAAGUUGGUUUUGGUGCAAAUUGCAAACCCGGCCAGAGGCCGAGGAAGAGAUGUGCAAGAGGUUCAGUCUGAGACGUACUCAACUGUUAAAAGAAUCAAUGAGAAAUUUGGGAGGCCAGGCUAUGAUCCUGUCAUUCUCAUUGACACAACACUUCAGUUUUAUGAAAGAAUUGCUUACUAUGUGAUUGCAGAAUGCUGCCUCGUGACUGCAGUCAGAGAUGGAAUGAAUCUCAUACCCUAUGAGUACAUCAUUUGUCGUCAAGGAAAUGACAAAUUAGAUAUGAUCUUGCAACUUGAUCCACAGGUUCCAAAGAAGAGCAUGUUGGUUGUUUCAGAAUUUAUCGGUUGUUCUCCGUCUCUCAGUGGAGCCAUUCGGGUCAAUCCAUGGAAUAUUGAUGCUGUUGCUGAAGCCAUGGAUGGGGCUCUGGUGACACGUGAGUCUGAAAAACAGCUUCGACAUGAGAAACAUUACCGGUAUGUGAGUACCCAUGAUGUCGCAUAUUGGGCAAACAGUUUCUUGCAAGACUUGGAGAGGACAUGCAAGGAUCAUGUAAGGAGGAGGUGCUGGGGCAUUGGUUUUGGCCUUGGAUUCAGAGUCAUUGCACUCGAUCCAAAUUUCAGGAAGCUAUCUGUGGAGCAUAUAGUUUCUGCUUACAAGCGAACAAAUAACCGAGCAAUUCUAUUGGAUUAUGAUGGUACUCUGAUGUCUCAAACAUCAAUCAGCAAAAACCCCGGUUCUGAGGUUGUCAACAUCUUAAAUAGUUUGUGCAAGGAUCCAAAAAACGUUGUAUUUCUAGUAAGUGGUAGAAGCAAAAAUAUUCUCAGCGAGUGGUUUUCCACCUGUGAUAAGUUGGUGAUUGCAGCAGAGCAUGGAUAUUUCUUAAGGCCAAAGCUUGAUGCCGAAUGGGAAACAUGUGUGCCAGUGGCCGACUUUGAUUGGAUUCAAAUCGCUGAGCCAGUAAUGAAGCUGUAUACUGAAACAACUGAUGGUUCAAGCAUAGAAGCUAAAGAGAGCGCACUCGUUUGGCGAUAUCAGUAUGCAGACCGUGAUUUCGGUGCAUGCCAAGCUAAAGAACUUCUUGAUCAUCUGGAAAGUGUUCUUGCUAAUGAACCGGUGUCUGUGAAGAGUGGCCAACACAUUGUGGAAGUGAAACCACAGGGUGUUACAAAGGGGCUUGUGGCUGAGUGGCUUCUGUCGACCAUGAGAGAGAGGGGAAUGCUCCCUGAUUUUGUUCUUUGUAUUGGUGAUGAUAGAUCGGAUGAAGAUAUGUUUGAAGUUAUAACGGAUGCAAUAUCAGGCCCGCUCUUGUCCCCAGUUGCCGAAACUUUCUUAUGCACAGUUGGGCAAAAGCCGAGCAAAGCUAAAUACUAUUUGGAAGACACAACUGAGGUUGUGAGGAUGCUACAAGGCCUUGCUUCGGCUUCUGAUCACACGGCAAGGCUUGCUGCUAUGCCAAGCCUUGCGUGAUGACUUGAUGAUGAAGCCGAUAUUUUACUGUAUAUAUAGGCUGAUUAUGCACAAGUGUAUUUUGGGGGAUUUGUUUUUGUUCACGUUUUGCUAAACAUGGUUUAUGAAUCAAUCGAUGAUACUGCCGCAUUUGUUAGUUUGGAGGUAACUGAUGCUAUAAAGGUCUGCAAUUGUUGUUCUUA